GAAAAGACAGAGGGCGAAGGGCCGGCCAGACGCAGGGACGCUGCGCGUCGUGAGUAGAGAAGCGAGGGCGCAGGCGGGCACCGGGUGGUGGUUCCGCUCUCCCGGGCCUCGGCGGGUGCUGGCUCUACUGGACGCCUGCGCUAGGCCCGCCAGAGACGCUGUGUCAGCUGCAGCAGUGUGGCAUCCUGGUAUCUAUCUCUGCUGCUGGGUCAGACCUGCCAAGGGAUGGGACAGCUCAUGUCAAAUGGAACCCCUGGAAGAGAGCUCAACUCAAAUGUGGAAGGCCCUCACCUGCUUCAUAGCACUGCCCAGGAUACGAAUCAAAUGACGGUGUUCGGAAAAAUUUCGAGGCAGCUUUGCAGCUUAAAGAAAACCUCAUGGUCAUGUGACUCCAGAUACUUCUGGGAAUGGUUGAAUACAGUGUUUAAUAAAAUAGAUUAUGAACGCCUCAGGGAUGUUGGCCCUGAUAGGGCAGCAUCUGAGUGGCUACUUCGGUGUGGGGCUAAAGUACGCUACUGUGGCCAUCAGAAGUGGCUACAGGACUACAACAGCCUCCCGGGAGGCCCCAUGGACAGAUACAAGAUUCAAGCAAUUGAUGCCACCGAUUCUUGUAUCAUGGACAUUGGAUUUGAUCACAUGGAGGGCCUAGAGCAUGUUGAAAAAAUAACACUAUGCAAGUGUCAUUAUGUUGACGAUAACUGUUUGCAGAGGCUUAGUCGAUUUGAAAAUUUACGAAAAAGCCUGUUUGAAAUGGAAUUAAUUACCUGUGGGAAUGUUACAGACAACGGCAUCAUUGCUUUGCGACAUUUUAGGAACCUCCGGUAUUUGUUCUUAAGUGAUCUUCCUGGAGUAAAAGAUAAAGACAAUCUUGCCCAAGUCCUUAAGACGGCACUGCCUUCUCUAGAACUGAAAUUAAACCUGAUGUAAAAUAAGUGUCUGAUGUCACUUACAGGGUCAUUUGAAAUUGCUGAUACUAAAUAGCUAGCUACAAAUACUACAGAAUCACCGAGAGACCUGAGUAGAUGACUUAGGAAUGGAGAGUGGGUGUUAGGUAGAAAAUAUUUACUCAGAAGUGACUCACUAAAGUUACUUAGUUAGAAGUGAAAAAUUAUGUACAUUGAAUCACUUUAAAAAUAUGAUGUAACAUUUUAAUUCUAAUAUAUUCCUUAUUGGCAUAUAUACUGUAGAUAUUUCUUGGUGUAGAUAUUGGCAUAGAGUUCUUUAAACUGCAAUGCAAAUAGUCUCUUUGAUAUUAUAGUAACUUACAUCUUUAAAGGCACUGAAGCAUGUUGCUGUGAAUGUCGGAGUAGGAAAACCUGGAGCUCAGUUACAGAGUCAGUGAUGGAGUGAGUCUGUUGUACACAGUGGUCAGUGGUGCUAACAGCGUGCUGUACUGCUUCCCAGGGCUGCAUGCAUUGCUCAAGCUCCUGCAUUGCUGUGCUCUUCAUAGUACACACUUUUUAAAAUACCCUUUCUCAGAAUGAAAAGUGCUCGUUAAUUUGUCCUACUUUUAAGCUUGGACUACUGCUAGCUAAAACUGAACACAGGUUCUUGUCUACAGCCAACUAGUUCUGCUGGUAAAACAAAUCAGGAACCAGACUAUCCUUUCUCCCCAUCUGCUUCAAACAAAAUGUUAAGCUAAAUUUUGCUGUCCCUCAAAUAUUUUGAAUGCUACCUCCCAUGAACUCAAGGGACAUAAAAUAUAAAUAUGAAAAUGAAUUUUAUAUAUAGAAAAACACUAAUAAAGAAUGUCAUAAGGGGAUAAAACCUAGUCUUUAAUUUUUUACUUGAAAUAGCUGUAAUUCCAUGGUUAUAAGUUAUAUGCUGAUUCAUGUGUAGGUUUCUGUAUGUAUGGUUGGGUAUCAUGUUACUGAAUUUAAAUUUGACUUCUGCAGUCCAACUUUUAGGCAGAAAUGGGAGCUUUAGCUGUUUUUAGAACUAUGCUUCUGGAAAAACACCUAAUUUGUGGGAAUAUGAAAAUUAUAUAUAUAUAUAUAUAUGUACAUAUAUAUCCCUACCACUUACAAGUGAGAAAAAUUGAAAAUAAAAACGAAGACAAGGAGGAA